AGAGCUCAGUUUCUUUUGAAGAUGUCGCUGUUCGUUUCACGGCUGAGGAGUGGGCGUUGCUGGAUCCUGCCCAGAGAGCUCUGCAUAAGGAAGUCAUGGAGGAGACUUGUAGGACCAUGAUCUCUCUGGGUAAAGUUCCCUCUUGUGUCAUAAUAUCUGUUUUGUAAUUCAGUAGAUAUUUCACCGUGACAAAACUCCCAUAUUUGGAUGGAUCCCAACGUUGCCACCUAGAGCACCUGGGAUUCUCACCCCCACAGCUCACCUUGCAUGGAGGGCUGGGGACUGUUUUUUCUGUGGAUAUUGUUCCUCUGCUUCUCUCUUUUUGCACAAGGAUCAGGAUGUGGAUAGGCUUUCCGAUUGUUUUGAACCAAUCAGUUGUUCCAUAUCCAGUUCUAACUGUAGCUUCUGGCUUAGGAACAGCUUUCUUUCUUCCUUCCUUCCUUCCUUCCUUCCUUCCUUCCUUUCUUUCUUUCUUCCCUUUUUACAUUUGUAAAGCUGUGCACUUUUCUUCAUCUACUGCUGUCUCAGGUUUUCCCCCCCCAACAGAUUCUGUCCAUUCUCUCACCUGCAGUCUCUCUCAAACCUCUCCAGCCAUUCUGCACCUUUCAUCGCUUAACUGUUGGUUAUGGCAUAUCCAAAAUCAAAAGGCAUCCCGUGUUAUUUUUACUAUGAUUUACUAAUUAUGAUUUAUUAGUUUUUCUCCCUUGACCGUCUCCGCUUCUCUGCACUUAUAAAAAGUUCCCGUCAGUUUUCAGUCCGUUCCGCAUAGGAAAAACCGAGAAAGGAGAUUUACCAACAGUGAACCUUUGAAGUUAAAGGCAAAGUCUCAGAACAAUAUAUUCAUUUUAAUAUUUUGAAAUCACCAGUACUUAGUUUUGAGCUUUUUUGAUAUAUUUUCCAGACCCGUUUAGAAUUCUGUCAUUACCCAGCAGUUUAAUUCUCCCCUGGACGCUAAGUAAUUGGUAGACAGAGAAUCCAAUUCAUAUUCAAAGAUAUCUCUGACCUUGCAGAUGGAGUUGGUUCAAUGAUUGAGCCAAAGAAAUUUCAUUCCUGAAAUGAACAGGCUUUUUGAAUCUGUAUUUCCCAUAAAUAUGUCAGUGAAUGUCAGUCAGCAAAGGCAGUGAACUCUGCAGUAAGACCUCCCAUCUAACUCCCUUCAGAUCUUCCUUUAUCACAAAUGUUCAUUAGCAUUAUUCAAAAACUGGGAACUCCAUUUCUUUCUUAGGCUCUGACCUGUUCCUCUCUUCGUUGCAGUUGGUGAUGAAAUUGAAAUUAAGAAAAAGGGGCAACAGGACAAAACCCACACAGUGGAGAAGCCAUAUCAAGAUUUGGAGUGUGGGGAGAACUUCAGUCAGGGCUCCCAUGCCACUUCCCAUCAAAUAAAUCCUAUUGGGAAGAAACCCUUUCAGUGCUUGCAAUGUGGAAAGAGCUUCAAUCACAGCUCACAUUUCAAAGACCAUCAAAGAAUUCAUUCUGGGGAGAAACCAUAUAAGUGCUUGAAGUGUGGGAAGUCUUUUCCUACAAGCAAAUGCUUCCAUCGACAUCAGAGUAUUCACAGCGGAGAGAAACCGUACCAGUGCAUGGAAUGUGGGAAGAGCUUCUCCAGGAAGGACAGUCUUAUUUCCCAUCAAAGAAUUCAUUCCGGGGAGAAACCAUUUCAGUGCUUGGAAUGCACAAAGUGCUUUACUACACAAAAUUUAUUUCAUCAACAUCAGAGAAUUCACACUGGGGAGAAACCAUUUCAAUGCCAAGAGUGUGGAAAGAGCUUCAGAUGGAGAGCCCAUUUCACUUCCCACCAAAGAAUUCAUACAGGGGAGAAGCCGUAUCAGUGCCUGGAAUGUGAGAAGUUCUUUACUACAAGAAGAGACUUGCAACAACAUCAGAGAAUUCACAGUGGGGAGAAACCAUAUCAGUGCUUAGAGUGUGGGAAGAGCUUCAGGCGGAACGACCAUCUCACUUCCCAUCAAAUAAUUCAUACAGGGGAGAAACCAUUUCAGUGUCUGGAAUGUGGGAAGAACUUCAAUCGGAGGUCAUGUCUCACUUCCCAUCAAAGAAUUCAUACAGGGGAGAAACCAUAUAAGUGCUUGGAAUGUGGGGAGUCUUUUCCUACAAGCAAAUACUUCCGUCGACAUCAGAGUAUUCACAGCGGAGAGAAACCGUACCAGUGUGUGGAAUGUGGGAAGAGCUUCUUCAGGAGGGACAGUCUCACUUCUCACCUCAGAAUUCAUACAGGGGAGAAGCCGUAUCAGUGCUUGGAAUGUGAGAAGUGCUUUACUACAAGAAGAGACUUGCAUCAACACAAGAGAAUUCACACUGGGGAGAAACCAUAUCAGUGCUUAGAGUGUGGGAAGAGCUUCAGUCAGAGGGCCAAUCUCCGUUCCCAUCAAAGGAUUCAUACGGGGGAGAAACCAUAUCGGUGCGUGGAAUGUGGGAAGAGCUUCAGUCGGAGCUCAAGUCUCACUUCCCAUCAAAGAAUUCACAGUGGGGAGAAACCAUAUCAGUGCUUGCAAUGCAAGAAGAGGUUUACUACAAGCACACACUUCCGUCGACAUCAGAAAAUUCACACUGGGGAGAAACCAUUUCAAUGCCAAGAGUGUGGAAAGAGCUUCAGUCGCAGGCCUCAUCUCACUUUCCACCAAAGAAUUCAUACAACGGAGAAUCCCGAAUAG